AUGAAUGUUCUUCUCAGUAAAUAUGGAUCACCCAAUAGUAGUCCUGCUCCUUUGAUUAUGCAGUCGAAGCAGGAGUUGGUUGGCACUGUUGAGGAAGAAAGAAAGGAAGAGGGAAUGUUCCUGACAUGGGAGGAUUUGCAGGUGACAGUUCCAAAUGGAAGGAAAGGUAGGAAACCGAUUCUUAAGGCUCUAACUGGUUAUGCCAAGCCAGGGCAACUUUUGGCAGUAAUGGGUCCUUCUGGCUGUGGCAAAUCGACACUUCUUGAUGCCUUAGCAGGAAGACUGGUUUCGAGCUCAAAGCAAACAGGAAAAAUUCUAAUUAAUGGCCAUAAACAUGAACUGGCUUAUGGAACAUCUGCAUAUGUAACACAUGAUGAUGCUGUGUUAUCAACAUUAACAGUAGGAGAAGCAGUGUCCUAUUCAGCUCAUCUCCAAUUUCCAGAGUCAAUGUCCAACAGAGAGAAGAAAGAGAGAGUAGAUUUUACAAUCAGACAAAUGGGUCUACAAGAGACCACUCACACAAGGAUUAAAGGGAAGGCUUCUAAAGGCCUUAGUGAGGGGCAAAAGAGGAGACUUGCCAUUUGUAUUCAGAUUCUUACAAGCCCCAAACUUCUCCUUCUUGAUGAACCAACCAGUGGCCUUGACAGUGCAGCUUCCUACUAUGUCAUGAGCAGAAUUGCAAGCCUAAAGAUAAGAGAUGGCAUCAAAAGAACAAUCGUUGCAUCCGUCCAUCAGCCCAGCAGUGAAGUUUUUGAGCUUUUUGAUCAUCUUUGUCUUCUGUCUUCAGGUGAAACAGUAUAUUUUGGCACCACUUCUGCUGCAACCGAGUUUUUUGCUUCUAAUGGCUUUCCUUGUCCACCUCUCCACAACCCUUCUGAUCAUUUCUUGAGGAUCAUAAACAAGGAUUUCAUACUGGAUGAUAAAGAAGGCUUCCACAUAGUAGUACCCGAAGAAGAAGCAGUGGAUACCCUUGUGAAGUUUUUUAAAUCUUCUGAAAUUAGUAACCAAGUUCGGAAAGAAGUAGCAGCAAUAGGUGAAAGGGAAUACGGUUUCACGGGGAGCAGCAGAACACAAACAGCAUUUCUAACUCAGUGUCACGUUCUUCUACGAAGAUCUUCAGUGCACUUGUUUCGUGAUGUAACCAAUUAUUGGUUGCGUCUGGCUAUGUUUAUUGUAGCAGCUAUUAGUAUGGGAACUAUAUUCUUUGACGUUGGUUCAAGUAAUUCAUCCAUUCAGGCUAGAGGGUCACUGGUAUCUUUUGUUGCUUCAGUCCUAACUUUCAUAACCCUUCUUGGUGGAUUUCCUCCAUUUUUGGAACAAAUUAAGGUAUUUGAACGUGAGAGAUUGAAUGGACACUGUGGUGUUGGUGCUUUUGUCAUUAGCCAUACAUUAUCACCUAUUCCAUACAUGGCACUGAUGUCAGUGAUUCCUGGUGUGAUCACUUAUUACCUUUCUGGACUUCACACAGGACUUGAACGUUGCAUCUAUUUUUCUAGUGUAUUACUUGCAUGCAUUUUGUGGGUUGAGAGUCUCAUGAUGGUUGUUUCAAGUAUCCUCCCAAAUCCCAACACUAACAUCACAGUCUCUGGUGGAAUUAUGGGAGUGAUGAUUUUAACUGGUGGGUUUUUUCGUCUGCCAAAUGAUCUCCCCAAACCAUUUUGGAAAUACCCUAUGUAUUAUGUUUCCUUCCACAAAUAUGCCUUCCAAGGAUUGUUCAAGAAUGAGUUCAUUGGUCUGAAGUUGAGAAGUGAUGAAGAUGGAGGAACCUACAUAAGUGACAAGGAAGUACUCACAAAGAUAUGGCAAGUGGAAAUGGGUUACUCCAAAUGGGUUGAUCUUGCUAUCUUAAUCGGAAUAAUUGUUUUAUAUAGACUUAUGUUCUUGACAAUUACUAAGACUAAGGAGAAAAUGAAAAGCUAAUUAAUCUUUUGAAACAAACAUAGUUAUCAAAUUUAAUACAUGAUAUUUUUACAUAAUGAGUUGGUUGGCACUGUUGAGGAAGAAAGAAAGGAAGAGGGAAUGUUCCUGACAUGGGAGGAUUUGCAGGUGACAGUUCCAAAUGGAAGGAAAGGUAGGAAACCGAUUCUUAAGGCUCUAACUGGUUAUGCCAAGCCAGGGCAACUUUUGGCAGUAAUGGGUCCUUCUGGCUGUGGCAAAUCAACACUUCUUGAUGCCUUAGCAGGAAGACUGGUUUCGAGCUCAAAGCAAACAGGAAAAAUUCUAAUUAAUGGCCAUAAACAUGAACUGGCUUAUGGAACAUCUGCAUAUGUAACACAUGAUGAUGCUGUGUUAUCAACAUUAACAGUAGGAGAAGCAGUGUCCUAUUCAGCUCAUCUCCAAUUUCCAGAGUCAAUGUCCAACAGAGAGAAGAAAGAGAGAGUAGAUUUUACAAUCAGACAAAUGGGUCUACAAGAGACCACUCACACAAGGAUUAAAGGGAAGGCUUCUAAAGGCCUUAGUGAGGGGCAAAAGAGGAGACUUGCCAUUUGUAUUCAGAUUCUUACAAGCCCCAAACUUCUCCUUCUUGAUGAACCAACCAGUGGCCUUGACAGUGCAGCUUCCUACUAUGUCAUGAGCAGAAUUGCAAGCCUAAAGAUAAGAGAUGGCAUCAAAAGAACAAUCGUUGCAUCCGUCCAUCAGCCCAGCAGUGAAGUUUUUGAGCUUUUUGAUCAUCUUUGUCUUCUGUCUUCAGGUGAAACAGUAUAUUUUGGCACCACUUCUGCUGCAACCGAGUUUUUUGCUUCUAAUGGCUUUCCUUGUCCACCUCUCCACAACCCUUCUGAUCAUUUCUUGAGGAUCAUAAACAAGGAUUUCAUACUGGAUGAUAAAGAAGGCUUCCACAUAGUAGUACCCGAAGAAGAAGCAGUGGAUACCCUUGUGAAGUUUUUUAAAUCUUCUGAAAUUAGUAACCAAGUUCGGAAAGAAGUAGCAGCAAUAGGUGAAAGGGAAUAAGGUUUCACGGGGAGCAGCAGAACACAAACAGCAUUUCUAACUCAGUGUCACGUUCUUCUAAGAAGAUCUUCAGUGCACUUGUUUCGUGAUGUAACCAAUUAUUGGUUGCGUCUGGCUAUGUUUAUUGUAGCAGCUAUUAGUAUGGGAACUAUAUUCUUUGACGUUGGUUCAAGUAAUUCAUCCAUUCAGGCUAGAGGGUCACUGGUAUCUUUUGUUGCUUCAGUCCUAACUUUCAUAACCCUUCUUGGUGGAUUUCCUCCAUUUUUGGAACAAAUUAAGGUAUUUGAACGUGAGAGAUUGAAUGGACACUGUGGUGUUGGUGCUUUUGUCAUUAGCCAUACAUUAUCACCUAUUCCAUACAUGGCACUGAUGUCAGUGAUUCCUGGUGUGAUCACUUAUUACCUUUCUGGACUUCACACAGGACUUGAACGUUGCAUCUAUUUUUCUAGUGUAUUACUUGCAUGCAUUUUGUGGGUUGAGAGUCUCAUGAUGGUUGUUUCAAGUAUCCUCCCAAAUCCCAACACUAACAUCACAGUCUCUGGUGGAAUUAUGGGAGUGAUGAUUUUAACUGGUGGGUUUUUUCGUCUGCCAAAUGAUCUCCCCAAACCAUUUUGGAAAUACCCUAUGUAUUAUGUUUCCUUCCACAAAUAUGCCUUCCAAGGAUUGUUCAAGAAUGAGUUCAUUGGUCUGAAGUUGAGAAGUGAUGAAGAUGGAGGAACCUACAUAAGUGACAAGGAAGUACUCACAAAGAUAUGGCAAGUGGAAAUGGGUUACUCCAAAUGGGUUGAUCUUGCUAUCUUAAUCGGAAUAAUUGUUUUAUAUAGACUUAUGUUCUUGACAAUUACUAAGACUAAGGAGAAAAUGAAAAGCUAA